CAGCUGUCAUGGCUGAAAAAAGGACUGUUUCAGGGCUGCCACUGCUGUUUUUACUCACAGCAGUGUGUCUUUUGCAUUUAUUUAUUUGUCCAUUCACUAAAGUUGAGGAAAGCUUUAAUUUACAAGCAGCGCACGACAUUUUGUAUCACAGACUUAACUUUGACAAGUAUGACCAUCAUGAGUUCCCUGGUGUGGUGCCACGGACUUUCCUCGGCCCCCUGUUCCUCUCCAUUCUCAGCUGCCCUGCUGUGUUUCUGUCGUCUCUGCUGGACACACCAAAAUUCUACUCACAGCUGAUAGUCCGAGCCUCCCUGGGAGUGUGUGUUGUCAGUGCACUGUGGCACAUGCAGAAGGAGGUGAGGAAGCAGUUUGGCUCCACGGUUGCAAGUCUUUUCUGUCUGACGUGUGCUUCUCAGUUUCACCUGAUGUUCUACAGCACUAGGACGCUCCCUAAUGUAUUUGCACUGCCAAUAGUUCUGGUUGCAUUCACAUCUUGGAUGGCUCAGAAAUACGGCCGAUUCGUCAGCCUCUCUGCUUUGGUCAUCAUUGUGUUCCGGUCAGAGCUCUGCAUUUUCUUGGGACUCAUGUUACUGAUAUCACUGCUGAGCAGGAAGCUGGGACUGCUGCAGCUGCUGUACUAUGCUGUUCCUGCUGGGAUCUUGUCGCUCGCUCUGACAGUGGCCGUUGACACUUUCUUUUGGAGGAAGCUUUUGUGGCCUGAAGGUCAGGUUUUGUGGUACAACACUGUUCUCAACAAAAGUUCCAACUGGGGAACCUCUCCCUUUCUGUGGUACUUCUACUCUGCCGUGCCCCGCGCCCUGGGCUGCACGCUGCUCUUCGUCCCCCUCGGCCUCUUUGACAGGCGGAUGAGGCUGCUGCUGCUACCCACCGUCGGCUUCAUCCUCAUAUACUCGCUGCUGCCCCACAAGGAGCUGCGCUUCAUCAUAUACACGUUCCCUGUGCUCAGCUUGGUGGCUGCCCGAGGCUGUUCUUUCAUUUUGUGCAACUACCAGAAAUCUUGGAUGUACAAACUGGGCUCUGCGGUUGUGGUUGGCCAGCUGCUGACCAAUGCGGCUUACUCUGGUAUUAGUCUCUACGUGUCCCACCACAACUACCCGGGCGGCCGAGGAAUGCAGGAACUACACAGGCUGCUGCCAGUCACAGCAGAUGUCUUUGUGCAUAUUGACACCUACGCUGCUGAAACUGGAGUAUCUCGCUUCCUAGAGCAGAACAGAAAUUGGAAAUAUGACAAACGUGAGGACCUGAGCCUCUCGCAUCCUGACAUCAAAAUGUACUCGCACCUACUGAUGGAGGCUAACGUCACAAAGAUACAGCUGCUCCAGGACACUCAUCAGCCUCUGGCCUUUGUGGAAGGUUACAGCAACAUUGCCUUCAACAUGUUUCACUUCCCACCUGUCAGUGUGCGAUUAGAGAGGAAAACUGUGCUCAUGGAGAGAAAGACUGCAACCAGGCAACACAAAGAGUGACUUUAACAGGAAUGUGUUGGAUUAAGGUGUUUCUUAGAGACCAGAAAAUAAGACCAAAGGUGACCAAAAUGAGUGUUCUUGAAGGCUAUGGUGGGAUAGAUGGUACAAAGAGAAUAACGCAGGUCUGUUGUGUGUCUACCAUUACAGGUUGACUGCUGAUGUAUGCUGCGUAAGUAGAUUAGUAUGUUGAAUUGAACAUCUUUCCUGAUGUUAAAAAGAGUUCCCACACAUUUUUGUGGACAAAACUUUUCCAGGACCCAUAUUAACAUUUUCAUGACCAUUCACAUUGCUCCAUCUCAAAAAUGCAGUACAAUUUCAAAGUAACUGCGAGACAUAGCAUAGAUAUAGAAACAAACUAAAUUCAAUGACUGUUUUAAAAACAAAUUCUGUGACUUCCCCAGGCCUGGAAACAACAUUAUGAAAUUCCAUGUGUUUUCAAUGACUGUGGGAAUCCUGAAUGUUUCUCUCCUCUCAUGCUGAUGUGUAAUGAAUUUCUCAUGAAUAAUUAUAGGAAGAAACUGUUUCCUGUAGACAAGGCAACUACAGACAAUGUUGUAUUUUUUACCUCAGGCUGUUAUUUGUACAUUUUGUAGAUAUAUUUCAUAGCUGAAUAAAACUGUAACUGAAGGAGGAAA